AUGGUCUGCCCAGCAGCAGCGGAGUGGUGGGACUGGCUCGAGAAGCUGGGCUUGGUCAGGGACCGACCACCGGCCACGCGCGUGGUCCAGGUAGUGGAGGAGAAAGGUGGCAGUAUCAAGUACAAGGCGAAGUACGAUGACAAGGACGCUAAGACAUCCCAAGCAGUGAAGAACUACAUGGAGCCGAUGCGCUCAGAUAGGAAUGCAUCGGCGGUGGAGUUGGCCCGUCGCAACUUGGAGACAUGCAGGCCUAAUUGGGCCCAUAUGGAAGGGGAGGAGGCAAUGGUCAGGGGUGAGUACUACAUUCGGGCUGAGCUGGACCAUGGGCUGACUAUCACUAAUGGCAACGUCGUGUGGUACUGUAUGCAGAUAUGGCCGGAUGCUGUGAUCGAUAAGCUGGGGACGAGGUGGAGGCCUCGGUCUAAUGCAGUGGCUCGCGGGAAAACCCAUGACCAUAAGCCUCAAGGGGAGAAGGGAGGGGUCUAUGUUGCUGACGAAGGCCACAAUGCGGUGGCCUGUAUUGGAUCACCGAUGCUGUGCCGAGCUGUGAUGCCCAUAUUGGCUGCGAUGGCAGCCGGUAUACCCGAUGCCAAGAUGGUAGCUAGCUGUGCUCCGGAGUUCGACAUCUUUUGGGAGUAUGUUGGCUGGAAUAAGCAUAUGCCGCCACCGGAGGCCCCUCCAGGCAAAUCCGAUGGCACUGGGAGAUGGCGAAAUUCGAGAGCGUAUGAUCAAGAGAACAACGAGGACGACACGUUCAUGGCUACACUGUAUACUCUGGCUAUCUCCUGUGGCUCGAAUAUUGUGGCGCGUGACGCUAUCAGGUUUAUGCAGGAAAACGAUGCCUUGCUAGAGCAGCUGUGGUGCAGUGUAGGAGAGUACAACCGUACCGCUGGGCAUUGGACGGGUGGCAACUGCAACCCUGGGGUGUCUUGGAGUCGAGAUGACUUCGUGGACCAGCUCAUGCUGUGGUGGCCCUUUGCCCUUAUAGAGGAGGUCGGAAGGUUCCGGUACCGUCCAGAGUUUAUGGAUAAGGGUGGAGUAUACCUAGACUUGGGAGGUUACUAUACCUGUGUGCAGACGAAGGAAGUCUGGGCUCAGGCUAUGAUGUGUAUGCUUAGUUCGAUAAUGUGUGGUAUACCAUCGGAAAUAGCAGCUCUUCUACCAGCUUGCGACCCCUUCUGGGACCUGGUCGUCGACAUUAAGGGGCCAGAGGCUGUGAGAGCCCAGCGGGAGGCAAUCAGGGAUGCCCGGGAUAGGCGCUUCGGCGAGGCUUGGCAGAGACAGCGUUUCUUCAAGCUCUACGGCAGUACGUCUGAAUUCAGACCUUCUCUCCCGAGAUCUCGACAACUCGUUGGAACUCAUGGGAGCCCUAGCAAUGAGAGUAAACCAAAGAAGGCCGGCUUCGAUAAGAGUAUGAGCGACCCCACGGCGGCUCUUGCACAUGACUUUGUAGAGGCACCGGCCUCAGCGAGGAGCUCAUCUCCAACGACUACGUCCGAACAUGGGGACAUCCGCCCCUGCAAGGAGGUUGUGUUUGCGGCUAUUGACUACUUCCAUGACCAGCGAGAUGUGGCCCGCAUGAAACGGGGGGAAAAGUUCUAUUGCCAGUAG